GGCUAACGCGGUUAGCCUUUUUGAAGCAAGCUGUCAUGGCGCCUACAAAGUACAUCUAUCAACCAUUUGGGGUUAUAGCAAUUUAAGCAAACUAUCGCAAUCGCACAUCAAUGAUUCGAUUUAUUUGUACACGUACCGGAUUUCAUUUGCUCAGUGAGCCUGGAGAGGGUUAGAUGGGAUGGACGGUAAAGGUAGCUCACUGCCUUCGAUGCCUGAACCAGCCAACCCAAUCAGCAUGAAGCAGCCACCAGAAUCCCUCAGUGUACGGAAAGGUCGGGGGGACAUGAGCAGUGACCCUGCUCUCUUAAUGGAUAAAGCUGCUGCCCAGCUGGCCGCCACACUACAAGACGGUGUGCUUCAGAAGAUGGCUGGCCACAGUCAUAACCACAACCACGAGAGGUUCAAAGAGCUUGCAUCUUGUGUGUUGAAUGGGGAUCAAGACACCCUACCAGAGCUUUGUGCUGCAGAGCCAUCAAUGCUUAAGUGUGCUGAAGCCCCUACUACAAAUGGCACCCAUCAGCACAACUGCACUUCUCACGCUGAACUACAAAUAAAAAUACCACAGGUGGCUAUGCAGCCACUGUUUGAGCAAUGCUCUGUUAAUGGGACCAGUUUAGUCACGAAGGGUUCUAUGCCUGGGUCUGAGAAGGGAGAGCAUACAAAGAGAAGAAGAGGGAGACCUCACAAACCAAAACCUCAACAAAACCUCAUUGCGACUGCCAGCCCUGUGGAAACCCUCAACCACACAAAUGCUGUUGAUGAAGCUCAAGCAGUUGAUGAGCAUCAAGUCAUUCCUGAGUUGACAGAGAGAGCUACAGGAGAGUCUUUGCGGUUAGUCCGUUUUUCUGCUGGAGAUUUGGUUUGGACAAAAGUGUCAGGAUACCCCUGGUGGCCUUGCAUGGUGACCACAGACCCAGAAUUUAGAAAUCACUUCAAACAUAAACAGAAAGCAGCCAACAGCAGGUCCGGCCUGCUUUUCCAUGUGCAGUAUUUUGGCGACUCCCCAGAGAGAGGCUACAUCUUUGAGAAGAACAUGGUGUCCUUCACUGGGGAGAAUCAGUAUCAAGAGCUCAGCCGAGGCAACAAACAGCCAGCCUCCCGCAUCAUCUACAAAAAAACCACACCCUCUGUACCACGUAAACUGCAGGUACAGUGGAACAUGGGCCUCAUUCAAGCCAAGGAGGCCUUCAGUAUGUCACUGGACGAGCGACUUGCAAACUUUGCAUUUCUGUAUGAUGAUGAUGGUCCUCAUCUGAACCCCCACAUCUUGGAGAAGUUGAAGCCAAAGCAGAGCGAAGAAAUAAACCGCAUAACAAAGUCUCUACUCGACGCAAAACUCUUCUCCAAGCAGAAUCCCAUCACUUCUGCACCUGAUGUACAAGCGGAAUCAGUUGAAUCUCCGAAGAAAAACAGAAAACCAAGAAAGACCCAGUCUCCCACAAAGACUGUCGGGAGACGAGGGAAAUCUGCCACAGACAGCACCUCUGAAUCUGCAAAGAAGAGAAUAUUAAAGCCUGUUUCUUUGACAGAAGACCCUUUUGAACUAGCAUCAAAUCCCGUUUUAGUUCCAGUCAAGAGGGAGCAAAAGAAGACCUUAAAGAGGAAGCUAACGGAUGCUGCAGCAGACAAUAUUCAGCAUGCUAGAAAAAGAGUCAAAAUAAGCAAAGAUGCUGAAGAACAGAUUCCAACAUUAGAAGCAACAGACAAGCCGAGGAGAAGAAAGAAAACUGACAAAAUUGUAAAAGAAACAAAGAGACGACAGAAAAAGUCAAAAAAUCCUCUUGCUGAUGACCAAGAUGCAGAGAAACCAAAGCGUAGGAGGAAACGAAAACAAGAGGGAGAGAACCAAGUCACAGUGGCCAAGGUGAAAAAGAGGAGGUUGUCCCCGUGUCCUGAACCUGAGGGCUCUGGAAGCGAAGGGCGUCCUGAUUCUCCAAGUGACAGUUUAGAUGGGACAAAAAAGGGUGAACGGAAGAAAGAAUUUGUCUGCCAGGUAUGUGAGCAGGCUGGUGAGGACCUGGUGUCCUGUGAAGGCCAGUGUGGUGGGAUGUUUCACCUUCACUGUCUGGGUCAGUCCUUUAAACCAGAUGACAAGCUGCUAUGUCAGGAGUGCAGUACAGGAAUCCAUUCAUGUUUUAUCUGUAAGCAGUCAGAGACUGAGGUGCGACGCUGCCAUGUCCCACAUUGCGGCAAGUUUUACCACGAGUCCUGUGUCCGCCUCAAUUCCCUCACUGUUUUCGACAACAAGGGUUUUCGUUGCCCUCUCCACGCCUGCCUGAGCUGCCACUACAGCGCCAAGCACAAAUCCACUAAAGGUAGGUUAAUGCGUUGCCUACGCUGCCCAGUAGCGUACCAUAUUGGUGACCAGUGUGUGGCUGCAGGCAGCAUGAUGAUCACUAAUGCAGCCUUUAUCUGCACCAACCACUUCCACGCCAAGAAGGGUUACAGCCACCAUAGUCAUGUCAAUGUUAGCUGGUGCUUCGUCUGCUCCAAAGGAGGACAGCUGUUAUGCUGUGAGUCUUGUCCUGCAGCUUUUCACCCUGAUUGUCUAAACAUUGCAAUGCCUGAUGGGAGCUGGUUCUGCAAUGACUGUCGAGCUGGAAAAAAGCCCAAAUAUAGAGACAUCAUCUGGGUCAAACUGGGAACGUAUAGAUGGUGGCCUGCAGAGAUCCACCACCCACGAAAUAUUCCCACCAAUAUCCAACAUCUCCGGCAUCAGAUUGGAGAGUUUCCUGUUUUCUUUUUUGGCUCCAAGGAUUACUUCUGGACUCACCAGGGUCGAGUGUUUCCAUACAUGGAGGGAGACAGGGGCAUCAAAUACCAGAGGAAUGGCAUCGGCAAGGUUUUUAAGAAUGCUCUUUUGGAGGCUGAAGCUCGAUUCAAGGAGAUAAAAAUCAAGCGAGAAGCUAAGGAAGCGCAAGAGAACAGCAGAAAACCACCCCCCUACAAAGUUAUCAAGGUCAACAAACCAGUUGGUAAAGUUCAGGUCUACACCGCAGACAUUUCUGAAAUCCCCAAGUGUAACUGCAAGCCGACAGAUGAGAGGCCGUGUGGGUUUGAGUCAGAGUGCCUCAACCGCAUGCUGCAGUACGAGUGCCACCCUCAGGUGUGUCCCAGUGGUGAGCGCUGCUGCAACCAAGACUACACCAAACGUCUCUACCCCGAGACGAAGAUCAUCAAGACACCCGGAAAAGGUUGGGGCUUGAUCUGCCUGCGGGACAUCAAGAAGGGUGAGUUUGUGAACGAGUACAUUGGAGAGCUGAUCGAUGAGGAGGAGUGCCGGGCAAGGAUCAAAUACGCCCAGGAAAACAACAUCACUGACUUCUACAUGCUCACUAUCGACAAGGACCGUAUCAUUGACGCUGGUCCAAAGGGAAAUUACUCUCGUUUUAUGAACCACAGCUGUCAGCCCAACUGUGAGACACAGAAGUGGACGGUGAACGGUGACACGCGGGUUGGCCUGUUUGCUGUCUGUGACAUCCCCGCAGGGACAGAACUGACCUUUAACUACAACCUUGACUGUCUCGGCAAUGAGAAGACCGUCUGCCGCUGCGGAGCCCCCAACUGUAGUGGUUUUCUUGGUGAUCGUCCAAAGAAUUCAAAUGGACAAACAGCCGAUCCAAAAGGAAAGAGGUUGAAGAGAAAGUAUAAAAGGCGGAAAAGCGAAGGAAAGAAGAAAUCUGAGGAUGAGUGUUUCCGUUGCGGGGACGGAGGGCAGCUGGUGCUCUGUGGCAAGAAGAUGUGCACCAAAGCCUAUCACCUGUCCUGCCUGAACCUCACCAAGAGACCUUUUGGCCGCUGGGACUGCCCCUGGCAUCACUGUGACAUCUGUGGGAAAACCUCUGACGCUUUCUGUCAGCUCUGCCCCAACUCCUUCUGCAAGGCUCACCAGGAGGGGGCGCUGCGCCCCUGGCCACACACCGGACAACUGUGCUGUCUGGAGCACGAUGAGCUGGAGGAAGUGGUCAACGUGGAACAGGACGUCAGCUCUGAAACCACAUCCAAUGCCCCUGCUGCAGCCAUCGCUAACCGUCCUCCUAAAGGCUCCAGGAAGGCAGAAGGAGCCGUGGCUAAAACAAAGGGCUCCAAGAGGAAAGCAGCUGAGGCCUGAAGUGACCUUUGAGACCUUUGACACCCCCCCCCCCCUUUCAAUAGGAGCGCCAAAAGACCAAACCAAACUGACACCUGCUUUCUCUUGCUAAUGAACAAACUUUAAGAUCACAAGAAGAACCAAGGCACUGUACAUCUUCGUCAUCAGGGAACACAGCUGGUCUCUCGCAUGCUUGCAAAAGCCUCAGCUCACCACUCAGACUUCCUAUUCUUUACAUUUUCAGGGUUACUUGUACUUAUCCGCACUAAUGCAGAACAUCUGUGGUAAAGCACAAAGUAGCAGCGCGAGCACAGGUCAGGAGUCUGUGAUAAACAAUUAAACCGUCUUGGAUUUCUCAUUCUUCCAACAACCAAACUGCCUUUUUUUUCCUCUCUUUUUUUUAUGUUGAUUACUGGAUGCUUAAAAUAAUAAGAAACCAGCAGGUUUCUGCAGAAAAGUAACUGAAUCUGAUGGAAGUUAGAGCAAAAUACAGCAUCAACAUCUGCUAACUUGAAUCCCAGCCCUCGCUCACCACAGGUGGUCUUGAACAGAGUUUUAUCGCUAUAUCUAUAUAUGUAUAUCAAAGACCAAAAUAAUGAUUACUGGAAUAGUGCAAGACCUUACACAGGUUGCCAAAUGGAUUGUUUUUAUUUUUAUAUAUAUAUAUAUAUAUAUAUAUAUAUAGUAUAUAUAUGUCAGAUGUAAUAUCAAACACCAAGACACUAUGGAUAGGCCUCAGACGACCUCUUUACAUUUACUUUGUACCCUUAGGUAACGUUUAACUGUAGCUGUAUGUUUGCUAUUUUACAACCUGUUAUUUUGUUUUAGCUCAGUUUUACAUUUUAGAUGGAAAAACUUCUAAGUUUUAGCAUCAGGACGGUGAGUGAUGGCGCUGCACACCGAUCGUCUACGUGCCUGUCCAGGGAAUGAGGGAAAGUAUUAAACUGAGAGCACUCUAACACAAAAACACUACUGGGAGGUUUAAAGGUCUUUGUCGCUCUCUGCUCAGAUGAGUAAACCAGAUAAAUGAAGGAAUGACAGGAAGGAAUCCUGGGCCUUUUUUUUUUUUUUUUUUUUUUUUUUUUUUCUCCAAUCCAACUUGACUUGAGUCCAUACCUUAAGGUGCUGUUUGUUUUUUCUGUGAACUAUUUGAAAUCAUAGGUACAGUGUUUGCUUUGUUUCUCUUAAGACAUAUUUUUUUAUUGCUGACAGAAAUCAUGUGGCAGCUGAUCUGUAGCUGACCCCACCCAAGAGCUUUUUAGUCUCAGCACACUGGCCAAAGCCUUCACACUCACACCGGUGCAUUUCAUUGUGUGUUCACUGAACACAGGCUUCAGGAAACUAAACUCUGGUGCCAGUUUUGGAUGUUAGACUCAACGUUUCACCUCAGUAAUAUGACUGCACAGCUUGCAUCCGUUUGAACUCACGCAACUUCACAAAGUAACGUGUGACCACUUUAAGCAUCUGCAGCCUUCUGUUAAUCCUAUGCUUUUUUUAUGUUGAGGUGCUGUAGUUAACAGAUUAUGACUUGUAAAUAGUUCUCACACAAAUGAGAGCCUGACUUUGUUGUUUUUAAUAGUAAAGGAUUCUCAAUAUUUUUACUACUGUCAAUUCCCAUGAACUCACAUCGGCUGCAAUUUAAAACCUGCUGCACUGGGUGAUAUGUAAGCGUGAACAGAACAACAUUGCUUUCAUGUUUUACAGCAUCUAAAGUAGAAAACUAUUUUCUGCUGCGUGUGUGUUCUCAGCAUUUGUAGAAAGAAACACGUCUGUCAGUGCAGUUGCGUAGUUCAUCACCAAAAAAGGACAAAAUGCACUUUGAGAACAACACCUGGAGUUUUGGGACAUGGGCGAAUAUUUUGUCGUGUGUUCUGACACUGAUCAUCAGAUUACUUCUGACUCACGGUGCUACAUUAGGGUCCACGGCGACACAGGCUGUUGUAGUUGCUGUCAAAGUCUGAAUCAGAUAAUGUGUUUGGCAUCAUUAUUGUUUACUUGCCCCCUCACUGUACAUUCAGCCGAUGUGUCUGUUGAGAGAAACUCCUGAAGUGGCCACUGUUCUGUCAAGCUCUUCAAUCUGGAGGCAGAUCUGCCACAACGCUCUUUCCUGUUUUACGGUUAAUCUUUCCCCUACAUGUCUAGAGCUGCAGCAGCUGAGUCUUUUACAACUUUCUAUGUAACAAUCUUCAUUCUAACCUUGAUUUUUGUGUUGAGUGAAUGUAGUCCAGCCAGUUUCUUUGUAAGCACUGUAAUUCCCUGUAGAGCUGAAAUGUAAUGUGUGCAUAGAGGUUUUCAUUCUGUAACUACUGUCCUAGCAAACCAGAGACUAAUAUGUACAUAAUGUAUAAGUGGUCAUAGUGAUGCAUCUAUUGUAAAUAUCAUACAAUCUCCCAGACAUUGUAUGUUUUUUUUUUCUUUUGAUGCAGUGCUGAAACACUUUUGUGCAGGAUCUCGAGUCAGUUGAUUCAUGCAAUAAAAAGUGGUCAAAAAUG